AAUAGUUCUUUUACUGGUUCACUAAAGUUGAAGUUUGUGAGAGAAACUUACCUCUGAUAAGGCUUAAGAGUUACAAAAGCUUGGAUGACUUUUGCCAAAAUUAUUCAAGACAAACACAAUAAAAGACUUAAAAGGAAAUAGAGUUCACAAUCAUUUUUGCAAAUUACAUUGAAAGGGACAGCUACAAAAUAGUUUAUAAUAAAUUGAAAAUUUAUUCACAUGUUGGGUUGGAUUUGAAGCCAACUAACAUAAAGGAAGACACACUGCUCUGCUAUGAAGCCUCUGCACAUAGCAGGCUCUCAAAUCUCUAACUCAACAAUGGCUUCUGCUCGUCUGUUCUUCACUUCUCUCAUUGCCUGUUCUAUUUUCUUGACCACAUUUUCAUCUGAUGCUGCAGAAAAUGGCAGAUUUGGAGUUUCUAGGAUUGAAGCUCAGAAAGUUACUCUCUCAGUUUACUAUGAAACUCUAUGCCAAUUUUGUGCUACUUUCAUCGUCAAAAAUCUUGCUCAAAUAUUUGAUAACAAUCUCAUCACCAUUCUCAAUCUCAGACUGGUUCCUUGGGGAAAGGCAUCUACCAACUCAUCUAAGAACUCCACUGUUUGUCAGCAUGGCCCAGAUGAGUGCAGGCUAAAUUCUGUGGAAGCAUGCGCCAUCAAUGUUUUGCAUGAUGUGAACAAGUAUUUUGCUUUGAUUUACUGCAUAGAAUUUCUGGCCAUUGAGGGAAGGCAGAAGGAAUGGCAAACUUGUUUCAGUUCGUUGGGGUUGCCUUCAAAACCCAUCUUGGAUUGCUACAAAAGUGGAAAUGGAACAAAGAUUGAACAAAAAUAUGCUAAUGAAACCAUGCACCUCAAUCCGCCUCUUAAGUUUUUGCCAUGGCUGGUUCUGAACAACCAACCAAUUGGAAAUGAUUAUGAAAAUUUUGCCGCCUAUGUAUGCAAGGCUUACAAAGGUAACAAAGUACCCUUGGCCUGCCAAUCUGUGCAUUUGAAGCAAAAGACAGAGUAGACAGUGACACAUGCUGCACUUACCACAAGCAUAAAAGAUCUAUCGCCGGCUGAUAAAAAGCUUCAUGGUUGCCACAGAAAACUAGUUUCUCAGGUUGCUUACCUGAUUUAGUGAUUUCUAUUAACAUUCAGAAUAGCACACAUGUUCAAGUAUAGGAAAUGAGAUUACUUGGUGGUGGUAAUAUUUGUUUUUCUGGGUUAUUGGUGGAUCAAUUGCAAAUGCAUUAAAUUACAUAACAAUCUAUCUAUCUGUCUUACCAUAUUUAUUAAGGAUGACAAUCUAAUUUUCUA